AUGGAUGAUGAACCUCUCCUCUCCGCACCAGGACCUGCCGAGACAUCGAGCAGGUUGACGGUCCGGAGAGGUUAUCCUUCAGGUUUCCUUGAUCUCAACAUCGGCAACCUCGGCACGCCGAGGCGGCAAUCCACGACGCACCUCAUAACAAACGAUGCCAUCAUCCCCAUAAUCACAACGCCCCACUCUUCUUCCUAUGUGAAUCUCAUCGCCAACCUGACCAAGAAGAGACAACUCGCCCACCGCUCGCACUCGGCUCCUUCCGUGCUCACCUUUCACAAGGAAACCAUAAUCAACGAGGAGGAUCCCCGGCUGCCCCCUAAAUCGCCUCUGAUUGUCAGGCAAGCCUUCAUCGGCUUCGUCUUGUACAUAAUAGCCGGCAUUGUGGUAUACUUGACGAGCGGGAGCUUCAAAGGCACAACCACGUUCAAACCGGUCGAUGCUCUGUACUUCACCAUGGUCACUCUUUGCACAAUUGGCUUUGGCGAUAUCGUGCCGGACACGACAUUCACCAAGCUGUUCACUUGUGCUUUCAUACUGGUGGGCUUUGGAUUUGUCGAUAUCCUGCUCCAUGGCAUGGUCACCUACAUCUGCGACCGGCAAGAGGCGGUUUUGCUGAGCACUGUGGAUCAAAACAAGUUCAAUGCGAUGGUCAGGACUUAUAUGAUCGACAGAGAGAAGGGAAGGAUGAGAAUAAGGAUGAAAGUGUGCGUGGCUUUGGCGGUUGUGGUUAGCUGCAUAGCUAUAGGGACUAUCGGCGCGCAUUUCGUAGAGGAUUUGGGCUGGGUGGAUAGUUUUUAUCUGUCUGUUACAUCGGUUACGACAGUCGGAUAUGGGGACUAUGCAUUCACGACGUUGGCAGGAAGAUGUUUCGCCAUAAUUUGGCUACUGGUAAGCACAUUGGCGGUUGCUAGGGCAUUUUUGUACCUGACUGAGCUGAGGAUCGACAAGAGGAAUCGCAGAGUCGCGAAAUGGGUUCUGCAGAGGAAGAUGACCCUUGGGGAUUUAGUUGCUGCAGACCUUGAUAAUGAUGGAUCUAUCAGCAAAGCUGAGUACGUCGUAUACAAGCUUAAAGAGAUGGGUAAAAUAGCUGAAAAGGACAUUGUCCAGAUCUGCAACCAAUUUGACAUUUUAGACAACAGCAAUUGCGGCAAAAUCACGCUCGCUGAUCUCAUGGAAAGUGACUGAACCCCACAUCGACUAACAAUCAACAUAACAAAUUCCUACCUUCGCAGUCCUUGAAAGCAAUCCCUUACUCUUUACAACCAGAGUGCAUGGAACUGAAGGUUGGGUGACCUUUAUACGUCAAGUACUAGACCAGAUGAAGUUGAACGAGGAUUAUGAUUGGAGCCAUUCCCCCCAUUCUCAGACAAAGAUGACCAGAGACCUCAAACUGAAGCCAGCUAUUCGAUGAUUGUUCCAAUGGAGUCAGCUCUCAGCUCCCCAUCCAGAUUCAAGACCGACGUAUAGAGUGUAUAGAGGAAAAUCAACACUCGAUCCGUUGUUAAUUAGUUGUAUAUGCAAUCGGUUUAGACAACUUACCUGAUCUAUUAGUAGACCACAGGAGCAAUGUCUACUGGUAGCUAUUCUUUCACACAAGGAACCACACAAGAUCUAUUUUAGAAUAUCAUUGCUAUUUUGAUUCUCAUGCAAUGCUCACUGAAGUAUCAUCUGUA